AUGAAAGCCAAACAUAAAACCUGCGUUGUGGCGGCGGCAGCAGCGGCGACGGGCGUGGGUGUCGGUGCUGGUGAGAAAAUGAAAUCGGUGAUAUUGUAUCCAUAUGGACCGUUAACGGGGACAGGAUGUUGUCGCAUGUUGCAUGCGAAAAAUUUGGCGUUAACAAGUGCGAUUUACACAAUUAAUAUGUCACUCUUAAUUGUUUUGAUAUACUCAUGGCGCAUAAAUGUGAAUAUGCGCAAGGCGGAAACGUUGGAGGACGUUUAUUAUGGUGUUCAAAUUGCAUACUUUGCCAUUAUUGGCACGCAAAUGUCUAUGAUUGUGCUAAGUGUCAUGCUGAUAUUCGGAAUAUAUAAGGAAAAUCCUGGCCUGAUAGUACCAUGGAUAAUUGGCUAUAUCACAUUUAUGGCGCUGGAAGCGGUGGCCAUGGUCUACUCCAAUGUGUUACGAGAUCACGUGAACAAGCAAUUCGAUGCUUUAUGCAAAGCGGAAGUGGCCUUUUUCAUUGCUCGUGCAGUCAUUAAUGUGCUCGCCAUGUGGGGUGUUAUGCGAUUUUACAAUUUGGUGCGUUCUGGCAUCACAUGGAAAGGUCCCGAGGUAAUUGAGCUAAGAUAUAACGCCAACGACUCUCACCAAGUCGAAGCACGCUUACCAAGUAGUCACACAUAUCACAUCUCCUCCCAUUACCAAUCGCAGGCAAAAACGACGGCGGCGACCGCCACAACAGCAUAUCAUCACUGCAAUGGCGGCGGCAGCGGUAGCGGCAGCGGUGGCCACAAACAGCGUCGCAACAACUACAUCGCCGACGUGGAACGCAAGCCAACCGGCUGCUGUUUCUUCGAUUUCGAUGAUUACGACGAAGAUGAUGAUGAUGAGGAAUUUGGCGAUGAUGAUUAUGAUUAUGACGACUACUAUUAUGACGAUGAUGAGGAUGAUAGUUCCGAUUGUACGAUACUCGGCGGCAAUACGCUGCAACACAAGCGUCCAUGCAACCGCAGUCUACGACCGUCGCAUAUGCACAUACCUACACAUACAACGCGUCCGCGCAACAACAACAUACGCACAGUAUUGAUUAACAAACGUCACAACAAGUACAAAAUCGCACAGCCACAAACGCGACUCGAAGUGAUCAACGAGUCGGAGCGCAGUGCGGGCAGUGGUAGUGAUGAGAACGAUUCGCUGCUGGUCGCUUACGAUAGCACGUCGUCGUUGGCGUCGGUUUGACAUUGGCCGGCGUGCGGUUGUAGUUGCUUUGGAAAUGCGCGAACGAACGAUGGAAGCAGCAGCGGCAAUAAACCGUGCGACGACGUCGGCGAUAAUGAAGCGGAAACCACGCAACCAGCCGAUAGCGAAGCGGCCGAAUUGCAGGAAUUGCAGAUGCAAAUUUGGCAGCGUCAAUGGUUGCGAAGACAAGAGCGGCGCCAGCGAAAAUGGCAAUACCUGCAUCAGUGUAAGCGCAGACGUCCACUGCGUCGCGUCUACUGCAUUGUGAAUAUUGCGCUGAUGUUGGUGCUGGUCGCGGUGGAAAUAUACGCACAAGUCAUUAUAUAUCUAUAGAAAGUUUUCAGUUUAUUUAUAAGAAUUUCUUUGCAUGAAAGUUUAAGAGCUUCCAUUAAAAAAAUAGAACAGCUUCAGUUUGCCAACAUAUCAACGCAGCAGUAAUCACCAUUCCCCAGUUAAUUUUUGUUAGACAUCUUAGACUUUUUCAUAUUAUCCUCCUUUGCAGUUGUCACAGCCAUGGGUUGGAUUCAGAUAAAGAGCUCAAGCGUCAAGCGGUUCUUCAUCCAAUCUUGCUGUAUCUUCUUUAGGCAUAACUAAUCGCUCUAUCCUUCUUAGCGAACGCCACCGCAAGUGACAUUCAUUUCUUACUAGGUCUGUCCUUCUAAGGCUCUUACUAUCUCUUCACAUCUAGUGAUUGGCAUGAUUUUGUUUCUCUUCACUGUCGGUGUCGGUGCUAGCUGUUCGGCGAGAGAUGUUAAAUGAAGAAAGGUCCUUUUCCAUCUAAUCUUGUCAACG